UGUUCAGAGGCUGGAUUGUUUUAAGAUGGUGGUGUUUUCCCCCCUGGAUCCGGAGAAGAUGUGGACUAACGUCUCGGUUCUGCUGAACGCCAGGUUCUGGACAUGCUGGACCUCAAAUCCUGGUUCUGGAGACCGUUACCCUCCGGUCAUGAAUCUGCUGCUGGUGGUCCUGCUGCACUUUGCUCACUGUGUGUUUGCGCUGCCGGCUCCGAGCGGAGUCUUCAUGGAGUCUGUGGACAUGAGCCACUUCCUGAAGUGGCUCCCCCUGCAGGGGGCCUGCCGCACUGCAGCCCUGUACAGCGUCCAGUUUCAGGGAGAGUUCGAGCUGUUGGUGCAAAACGGCAACUGGGUCAACGCCACCGAGUGUCAGCUGACCUCUGACCCUCGCUGCGACGUGACCAUUGAGCUCGGCUCAGACUCGGACUACAGCCUUCGGGUCAGAGCAAAGUGCGGAGCCGCCACUUCAGCCUGGACCGAACUCAGCGCUCCGUUCAACCGCAAAGACACGGUCCUGACGGCUCCGGAGAUGUCGGUGAUGGCGGUCGGCGACUCUCUUCAGGUUUCGUUCGGAAAACUUCCUCUCAACGCCGACGUCUGUGUGACGGUGUGGAGGAGAGGCCAAGAGGCUGUGGUGCACUGGGUGCCAGCGGAGCAGCGCGUGCUGUCGGUCCCUGGCCUGCAGGUGGCGCAGUACUGCGUCCGGGCUCAGACCGUCCUGCAGGAUCAGAAUCGGAGCGACAGCACCAACGAACAGUGCAUCUCCAUCACAGGUGCAGACGCCCCCUGGAGGAAACCGACGGCGGUGUUGCUGAGCGUCGUCUUCACGGCCGGUUUCCUGUUCGCCGUCUUCUGGUGCGUCGCUCACUGCCAUCCGGAUCGCUGCAAAACGUUUUUCCGUAAAGAGCCUCUGCCACACUCACUGAAACCUGAUUGGGUGAUUCAGAUCCCGAUUAGCCCCGAGGAUGUGGAGCUCUGUGAGCGGAUCCAGGUGUGCAGUGACUGCCCUUCCGAGGACCUCUGACCCUGAAGAGACACCUGCAGUACAAAAUGCAGAUUCUUGGAUUUUGAGUCUGUGGUGCAUUCAAAUCUUGUGGGAAAAAAGACAAUUGAGGGCUGGUUUUCGUUAGCUGUUGGCAGUUAGCUGUUAGCAGUCAGCAGCGCCAGAUUCCAUAUCGUUCAACAUGCUGCGUUUAAGCCUUAUGUAGGAAAAAAGAGAAUUGGACAAAGCUGACCUGUAUCGUUAUCAAGAUGUGUUAAAAUGUAGUCUUGUAAAAUGAAGUUUUUGAAAGGAAAUGUGGAAAAGUACAGUGUUUAGAGUAGUGUUGUAGUACUCGAGACCGGUCUUGGUCUAGAUCAGGGGUGUCCAAUUUAUGACCAUGGGGCCAAACAUGGCUCAUUUUGAAACGGCCCCCAGCUAAUUAAAAAAGUAUAAUGAAAUAUGGCCCACAAAUUAAACUUGUGCUUGUCAUAUAUCCUACUUACUAUGUACAAAUAUAUUACACAGUGUUCAUGUGUUAAUAAGCCCACUUUUCAAAUACAUUUAGUUAAUUAAAGUUGGAAACAUUUUCAAAAAAAUCUUAGCUGAAAAAAAAAAGCCCAAUAACUUAUUUACAUAUUUAGGAGGUGGCAGAGGGGAGGACGAGGAGGAAGCUCGACAGCAUCCUAGAGAACCCCUCCCUCCCACCCACUCCACGCAGAGCUAGUGAAGAUGAGGAGUACGUUCAGCCACAGACUCAUCCCUCCACAACAACGCACCAAGCGCCUCGGACAGUCCUUUGUGCCUCAGGCUGCACAAUAAGGGGUUAAAUAUGAAAAAUAAAUCAAAUUAAAUCACUGGUCAUAAAUAUACACUGUUUCCACAACAACCCAUGUUAACUUGUCACUUUAACCUAUUCCGCACUUUAUAGCUUAGAUGAUGACCAAAUAUGUGACAGUUAUUUUAUUCUUAUUUUUAUUCAUCUCUUAUUUUCAUAGUCUUUUAUUAUUAUUAUCAUUAUUUCCUUGAUUUUAUGUUAUUUAUUAUUUAUUUUAGAUUUUAUUGAUCUGUGUGAAU